AUGGCGACUGGACCAAAUGGAGCUGCUAAUGGAUCUACCAAAACGCAUGAAAUGCGUUUACCAUCAAAAGUAAUUUAUGAUAAAUUGGAAAGUAACGAUUUUGACGUGAACACAGAAUAUAAGGAAUGUGACAACAUAGCACUUAAUGGUGCAAAUGAAGGAAAACUUAAAGAAAUUUGUAACAAGUCCUUAACAUUCAUAAAAACAUCUGCACUAUGGGAUCUUGAAGAAGAUGGUUAUGACGUCUGCUUGCAAGUAAAUUAUUGGUUAUACGAUAUAUUAACCGGAAUUUAUGGUUCCGACGGUACUGUAAAUAUUGAGGACACCUUCCGUAAAAUCCAGCAUGCCCUAGGAGAAAAUAUGAAGACGAAAGAAGUAAAACAUAAUAAUGAAAAAUGUAAGCUGGAUUUUAAUAUUUUUAAGGAAGCAUAUUGGAAGAAGAGAAGGGAAUUAUAUGAGUAUUAUGUUGAUCAUAAAUAUCUCAAAUUUAUGGCUACAGACUAUGAAGACCUUAAUAAAUGCACAUAUUAUAAUAAAAUUAAAGAAAAACAAGAAUUAUUUAAUUAUUUCCAUUUACUCUGUGAACACGGACAAAAUAAAUACCGAAAAUUUUGCACAGAUGUCAAGUCCCAUAAUCCUGCUCUAAUAUUACCCACAUUACCAUGUCACAGUAAAAUGGGACAGGCCCAUUGGCUAUUUGGAAAUUCCGAAACCGGAAUGCAAGUUACUCUUGGAACACUGCGUGUUGCCGCAAUUUUCCUAAUUGCCGCUUUACUAUAUAGAUAUACACCCGUUGGUCCUUGGAUUCGUGAGCACCUUCGUGGUAGAACAAAUAGAAGGAGGAGGGCCAUGGAUGAAGUUUCAUUGUAUACAGAAGAAACAGAUAGUAUAUUUUCGGAUGACACAUCCAGCUAUAUAUCCUAUCAAUCUCUAUAA